CCGCCGUAAACCGUCUGAGUUCGGUGCCUCCGCGUCCAUCGGCAGCAGGCUGAGUGUUGGGAUGCGCGGCGUGUUUUCAUGCGGCGUCGUUGCCAUGACGUCAACGUGCAGCCGCGCCGCCCUGCGGAGGUUUUCCGGGCUCCUCUCUCUGCGCUGGAGCUCGGCCUCCCGACAAAUAGCCACGGCUGUCACACGCAAGCGUGAAAAACCUGACGUGAUGCUCGUGCCUUGCCACCGUCCCAUUCAUUGUGGGACCCUCCCUUCAGACAGUCGUGCGUUUGCGCCGCGUUUAGAACGGGCUUUAAUCAGACUCACUGACAGGACACAAUAGGUAACGUGGCCUGGAUUGAUUCUUCUGCGGCAGCAAUGUAAAGAUGGCGAGAGUGCUCCACAACUUGUUUUUCUUUCUGAUCAGACUUGCGCUGAAAAUCCGAGUUUGGGGGUACUGGUCACUGAUUUACGGGUUUUGUGCUCUGUGCGCCGUCGUAGCCCUGCUGAAACUUUGGUGGAGCAUCGUCUUAAGGCCCACGGCAACCUUCCAGUGGGUGAUCCGAGAAAGUCCUCCGGCGUGCCUGAAUGACACGUCUCUGGGAACCCACUGUUAUGUUCGGAUCAAGGAGUCUGGCCUCAGGUUUCACUAUGUUGCAGCAGGGGAGAGAGGAAAGCCACUCAUGCUGUUUUUGCACGGUUUCCCCGAGUUCUGGUUCUCCUGGCGCUACCAGCUGCGUGAGUUUAAGAGUGAAUUCCGGGUGGUGGCUAUUGACAUGCGCGGCUACGGCGAGUCUGACCUGCCGCUCUCCACUGACAGUUACUGCUUUGAAUACCUGGUCACUGACGUGAAGGAUAUUGUGGAGUACCUGGGAUACAACAGAUGUUGUAUUGUUGGCCACGACUGGGGGGGCACCAUAGCGUGGCUGUUUGCCAUUCACUACCCUGAGAUGGUGACAAAGCUGAUCGUCCUGAACUGUCCCCAUCCGACGGUGUUCACAGAUUAUGCGCUGCGGCACCCAAGCCAGCUGCUGAAAUGCAGCCACUUCUUCUUCUUCCAGCUGCCUCGCUUCCCAGAGCUCAUGCUCUCCAUCAAUGAUUUCAAGGCUCUGAAGGCUUUGUUCACCAGCCGGAACACAGGAAUCAGCAGGAAGGGCCGGUGGCUCACCGCGGAGGACCUGGAGGCCUACGUGUACGCCCUGUCUCAGCCAGGAGCGUUAACAGGAGCGCUCAACUACUACAGAAACGUCUUCAGCUCCCUCCCUCUGAGUCACAACCACGUCCGGUCUCCGGUGCUGCUCCUGUGGGGGGAGCGGGAUGCUUUUCUGGAGCAGGAGAUGGCGGAAGCUUGCCGCCUGUACAUCAGGAACCAUUUCCGUCUCAACAUCAUAUCUGGGGCCAGCCACUGGCUGCAGCAGGACCAGCCCGAUAUCGUCAACACCCUCAUAUGGACGUUCUUAAAGGAAGGAGAGGGGCGCAAAGGCCACAGGAACUAAUCCCACAGAGAAGCCUCCUCCAGCACCCCCCCCCCCCCCCCCCCCAGCACCCUAUUCCACCUCCCAGAAGCCUUGAAUAUGCCUGUAAGACCAGGUGACAAUGCAAUCAUUCUUUAAAUUUCUCACAUUUCAGACAUUUUUUUAAGACAUCUGAAGGAAAGGAUCCAAGCACACCUCCCUGGAGAGGACACCGAAGAGAACAUGUGACACAGUUGAGAUGUUCUUUUGCACACGAUAUCGGCCUUAAAGUUUGUCGGUUACAUUAUAACAAAUGUGUGGCGUUUUCACGUGACUGUGUGGUGGCUUUUUAUCUUCGUCCCGGGUUGUCAUCAUCGUCGGCCGUGUUUGGUUUUCACGUGUACGCUCAGCUUCCAGUCGGGCACCGCUUUCAGGAGCCACGUCCCAGUCCGCUCAUUGAGUCAUGUUGUAAAAAGAGUUUUCUUUGAAGAUAUUUGCUCACAUGUAGAGAAUGUUAUCAUGAUCUUCCUGUUUAGAAAUGCCAGUGAUGGUUGACUAUGAUACUAUUUUGUAUCUCUUCCUACACGCUGCAUUUUGAAACUCACUGAGCCUGAUCGUCACUGUUUGAUUUUAUAAAUAAACUGUUCGUCUGUCAAACUCC